AUGAAUACUACAGAUCUGAAAUAUUUAUCAAAGAUAGCGGGAUCAAUAGAAGAAAAAAUUACCCAAAAGGGUCGACCACCUAAUGAACGAUUUCUUUUUCAAAAACAGCAUCCUCAGGCUACAGCAUAUUUAAUGAUGAAGUACAGUGAAUCUCAUGUGCCUGUUCUCUAUGGGCCUCAGAUACCUCGACAAGAUCGUGAUGAUACUCGAGAACGAUAUUGUCGGGCUAUUCUCACACUUUUCGUGCCCUGGCGUACUGUGGCUGAUAUUUGUGACAUCAGUCAGACAUGGGAAGAUGCAUUUAAAUCUCGACAACAUCUUAUUUUGAGUAAUUCGUGGACAAUAAUAGAAAACAUUCAACUUUUGCAUGAAUGUAAAAAGGACCGCGAUGAUCAUUUACUUCAAGUUAUCGCCGAAGUACAAAUCGACAAUGGCUUAGUCGAUCCUGUACUGAUACCGACUAAUCAAGUCGAUGGUGAAUAUGGCACUGAUGAUAGUGACGAUUUACUUGAAUUAUUAGCACCUACUGGUAUUGCCGCUGCUGAAAUCGAUGGUAUGACCAUCCAUUCAUUUUUGGGUGAACAGCGUAACUCAGGAAAAGCCCGUACGAUUAAACCAGGCGAUUUAAAACUUGAGAAAGAAUGGGCCCUCGUUGAAUACCUCUUAAUUGACGAAAUAAGUAUGGUUGGUUUAACUCUACUUGCGAAACUCAACCGAAUUAUAUGUGCUGCAAAACAUACUGAUCCUCAAGUUCCAUUUGGUGGUGUAAAUGUCAUCUUCUUCGGCGAUUAUUUACAAUAUCGACCUGUAUAUGAUGUACCCCUACAUACAGACUUCACUUUACCGGUUAAAAGUAAAUCAAACAAGAUAGCAACUGAAAAACAAAUUCAACAACGUGUUGCACGUUCUUUGAUUCUCCAAAUCAACUGUGUGGCUCCGAUUCUCGUAUUUCGUAAUGAAGUACGAACACAAUUAAACCACAAGGCAGUUAGUCACAAAGCAGAACAAAUCGGACAAGCACCUAUAGUAUGCGUUGCCCAAGACGCCUGCAAAGGCAAACCAAUUGAAGAUCGAGCACUUAUUAAAAAAUUAUUAGAAUUAUCUGAUAGCAAAACGGAGCAUCUACCAGGUCUAUUGCCUCUUGUUCCUGGAAUGCCUGUGAUUUUAACGCAAAAUAUUGCCAUUGAAUUGGGGCUUAUCAAUGGUGUGAACGGAAUCUUUCGGCAACUUGUCUAUCAGGAAGAUUCAGUGUCAACUGAUAUUAUUUCGGAAGAAUUUUCCAAGAAUGCACGGUAUGUCCAUCGACCUUUAUACGCCUUGGUGGAAAUUACCAAAUCAAAGAUCGAAUGCAAUUUAGAACAACUUCAGCCAAAGCUGAUUCCAAUACCGGUAAUGGAACAAACGUUUCGAGUCGAUAUAGGUGAUAUUCUUCCAAAAGAUAAGAAGCCAAAAUCAAAUGGAAAAGCAGUUUUAUCCAUUAAACGGCGCGCAUUACCACUUGUACCAGCUUAUUGCAUUACAACCCACAAGAGUCAAGGUCAAACCUUGAAUAAAGUUGUAAUUGAUUUAAAGCUGCCAAAUGAAACUGAUGAUAUUGCUGCAGUUUAUGUACCCUUGUCGCGGUCACAGCUGGCAGAAAUUGAACGACUCGAUAAACUAUAUUUAGAAACCCAAGCGCGUUUUCCAGAAUGGUUGUAA